AUGGUGGGCACAAUGACGAGUACAAACCAAGAAGUCGUCACAACGGCGACGGCAGUGGCGCCCCCCAUAUUUCCGCCGGCGGGAAGUAAUAAUAAUAAUAAUAAUAAUAAUGAGUUGGCAGCUCUUGCCAAUCUUGAUGGAGUUCAAAAACAAAUAGUGGCUGGAUUAUUGAGACAACAACCAACAAUUAUUCAAGCUGCUGUCAGUGGAAGUAUUUCUCCAAAAAUUGAACAAGAUAUUGACUUUGCAACAUUCAUACAGACAAUUCAAGCUUAUCAAGGGAAUCAAAAUGGAUCACUUGCUGGUUUAAAUACAAUUUCCUUUCAUAUGGACUCGUCAGCACCCGGAAACACAACAUUAAUAACAGAAGAGACACGUAGAUCAGCCAGUUCAUCACCAAGUUCACCACCUGCAGCAGUGUCAAAUAGUGGUGUCUCAACUGGAGUGUCAACUUCCACAACUAUUCAUGAACCAGAAUAUAAACCAAGAAAUAUUCGAGAGAAAGUGUAUGCAGAUGGUUAUAUAAUGUCAUUUGACAAGAAAUCAUGUUGUGGAACUAAGUUCUUUUGGAGAUGUGAACGAAAAAAUGAUUGUAACGCUCGAAUGCAUUCGGAUAUUGCAACAAGAGAGAUUGUGAGAAAACUGCAUCCGCAUAAUCAUGAGAAGCCAUCACCUGAAGAACUCGCAUUCUAUGAACAAGACUUUUCAUCUCUUGAUCCUAACUAUUGUCAUCCUGUCAAAAGUAUCAAUCGUUCAUACAUGCAACGUAAACUCAGUCGUGCUUCUCACAUUGUCUCUCAAACUCAACAGAAUUCUCAAUUACCAGAACCAAUGGAAAUCGAUACGAAUCAAACAAUUCAGCAACUUCAACAUAAUAAUAAUCUGAUGCUUUUCGCCUCAGCCGUUGCUGCUGCUGCAUCUGCAGGAGUCAGUCCACCAACUGGUGUUGGUCAAAAGAGAAUUUCUAGUAGUGUUUUGCCCAUCCAAAUCAAAUCGCCAAGACUCAUUAAAAAAGAAGAAGAAGAAACCUUUCCACAAACGAUCACAACUGAAGAACUCCGUACUACAUAUGAAAUAACAAGGAAACUCAUGAAAAUGAUGAAGCCGAAAACUGAAAUCGGAGUUAGAUGGAAAGGGGAUGAAGAUGCUCUUCUUUUGUUUCUUUCCAAUGACAAUGGAGCUGAGGAAAACGUGUUUCUUCCUGUUGUUGUCAUGAAUCGCAAUGAGAAAUCUCUCGUGGCCGCAUUGGAAGGAUUCACUGGAAAACGAUGUGAAGGAAGUAUUGCACUUUCCUACUCUCAAAGAGUGAACGUACUUGUUCAUGAAGCGUUAAUAUGCAAUUGGACCCAUGGAAAACUAUUUCUUGUCAAUUCUGAUUCAAUGGCCCUCUGGCGUUUAACGCCCGUCGAUGCAUUCGGCGAUCCGUUGAAUCAAGGAUGA